CAAUACCUAAUAAAGGGUAAUAAGGGAACUACCACAAAUAUAAAUUAAAGAAUGGACAUUUGUGAUAUUUGUGAAGGUGGGUGUUUCGUCUCAAAGACUUCAAUUCAUAUAAAUAGUCGUAUAUAUUCAAAACUUGAUAUUUCAAUUCAGGACUUAAUUAGCUUGGAUAAAUUCAGAAUGGAUUCAGAUGAAGGCGAUGAUGUAGUGAUGUUAAUGGAACAUGACCAACUGUUAAAGCUUACUACACUUUUGUUGCACCAAGAAGAGCCGCUCAUGGAAGCAAUAAAGUCAGAGCCAGAGCGUAUCAAAUAUCUGAAAGAAUGCAACGCGGCUCAUGACAAAGUAGUAAGCCUGCUUGAAGAUGGUGAAAAUGCCAGUAAGAAGUUCGACGGGGACGAGAAGAUGACCGAGAUUAUCAAAGAAAUACAGGAAUAUAUCAAGUAUGGAGUGAACUUCAGCUUGCAGAGCAUCAGGAACUGCAGUUUGCGAGUGAGUUGUAUUGAUAAAAUCAAGACUCAUUUUGAUUCCCUGGUCACUGAAAUUGAAGACCUUGAUCCUGAAACGGCUGAAGGAAUAUCUAAGCUUCGUCUUUUGGCUAAGGAAACGUCUUUGUACAAGCAAUGCAUGAAGGAGUACGCAAAAAAGUGUCAAGGUAGUACGGCUCGAGCUUUGUCUAAGGCUUGGUCCAUGGUGAUUAAGCAAGAAGGCAUCAAAUUUAAUGAGCUUGUAGAAAGGACAAAAAACAAGAUGGGUUUUGAGGGUGAGUUUGAGAGCCUAGAAGAUGCACAAAAGCUCCAGGUGUAUAAUAGCAUCAUUGAGGAAUCAGGGAGAUCAGCAAUGCCGAAAUUAGAAAUUUUAAAAGGAGGAGUAGGAAUCGCGGUGUUGGUGGUAAGUGCUGGGUUGAUGGUAUGGGAUAUAUUUACAGCAGAACACAAGGUUGAGGCUUUGUUGAACAGCUCCUUAACGGCAUUUAAGGAUAUUGGUGCGUUUGCGGUUCAAAUGGCUGUGGAUGGGGCAGUGAUGGAGGCGUUGGCAGAUGCGGAAUUAGGAGUGUUAUAUGUUUCUAUGGCUGCUUUUGUUGCGGGCACAGUGGUAGGCCUUGUGUUUUCUGCUGUUGCUGGUGCAGUUAUUGACCUCAUUUUGGGGUCAGGGGGUAAGACUGUACCAUCAUCUGUGGAUAAUCUCAAGUACCAUACUGCCAAAAUGCCCGAUGGCAUGGCUCUCGCCUUUCAAAUUGCUCAUGAUGGUUACUAAUUCGUCAUUCAGACUUCUAUUAUUAUACGAAGUAUUAUGUUAUGUACUGCUUUUCAAUUCUACAAAAUUAUGUUGCAUUCCUUUUUACUCUCGUAUUAAUCAAUGAAUUGACUUUGCACUCCGUAUCAAAAUCAAUAAAUUGCUUGUAUGUUGUAUUCCUAUUCAGUAAAUGAAUUAAUAAAGAAUUCUACAAUUAUGCUAUUAA